AUGGUAAUGGAAAAGAGUAUCGAGCACCUCUCCGAUGAAUAUGAUGACUUUYGCGCUGAGCACACCAACAUAACUAAGGAUAUAGCCAGAAUGUCAUCGAGAUUARGAAAUAUUGAAGAGAAUGUUAUCAAGUUUGAUGAAGCUAUUGAAGCUAUAAACAAGUAUAGCUUUCAAUAUAACGUCAAAAUACUGGGUGUACCGAAGYRGAGUCCAAACGAAUCAGCCAAAGAAACGGUUGACAUUUGUCUUAAGCUGUUCAAUGGAAUUGGGGCAGARGUUUCAAGCUAUGACAUCGAUAUUGCUCAUAGAGUUACGCCACGUGACCCAAAGCGUAUUCCGCCCAUAAUUUGUAAAUUUACAAGAAGGAUCGCUAAGGAAGAAGUCAUGAGCUGCAAACGUGAAUUGAGAAAUAUCAAUCUUGACGGCAUGGGCUUACAACCUGAUGGAUUCAUCAAUAUUUACGAUCACCUUACGCCCAAAGCUCAAGCAUUAUUCAACGAGGCAAAGAAAUUCCAAAGGGAAAACAAAUACAAGUUUUGCUGGACCAAAAACUCAACCGUUCUACUCAAGGAGUCAGAUCAAUCUAAUMUGAUACGAGUAACAAGCGAAGAUGUGUUACUGAAACUAAAAUCUGGAUCCAGUCCAAUGUCUCGACCAACAUUCCCAAGUGCUCAACCGUUCGACUCAUUAGUUUCGGAGUGCAAAGGCUUUGAGGUUAACAUUCAAGGUCCAGUCAAGAACAAAGAGGGAGCUGUCAUUGGAGUGAGCGAACAGUGGCAGAUCAACGAUAAAAAUGGAGUUAAGAUUCAUUCUCUUAGACAUCGGGCUGUUGACUGUUUAUUGAUAUGUAACGAGCGUGAGUUGAAGUGUCGAAAUUGUGAGAAUAUUCGUAGCCAUUGUCACCGGAGAUUAAACAAUGUGCAAUGUAAAUCAGACGAAAAGCAAGUAAAGAAUAAGAGACUUUCGUAUAUGAGCACAGAGGAGUUAACAAGCAGAAUUCAGGCAGAGUAG